AAAUUAUUCGCAGACAUCUUUACACAAAUGGCAACGUCUCAACAAGAAUCCGAUUAAACUCCAGUGAGCCUGAUCACAAUGAGACUUCACAAAACUGUGGUGUAAUGCGAGACUGCAAUGGUGUGUGCUGGAUGCUGCUGUUCUCUCUGUGUCCAGCUGUUGCUGCUCUGUCCUCUCUCCUCUCCUCUCUCCUGGUGUACCACCUCUGUAAGAAAGAAGCUAAAGAACUUCAAACUGAUCAGCAAACACCUCAAACAAGACAAAAUCAGGAUGAAGAUGUGUGUUAUGCUGCACUGGAAAUUCGCCCGGCGUCACAUAGACCAAAGAGGACGACAACCCAGAGUUCUGACUUCAGCACCUAUUCUGCCAUCAACACUUCUAGGAUGUAAAGAGUUUGAACAACAGCACAAAGCAGAAUCUAUGACUGAUGAGAGUUGUAUCUUUCAGUCAUGGUUGGACCUCUGGAUCAGAGUUGGAGAUGACAGUCAGACCAGGAGAAAACAUCAGUCUCUACUGUGACUGCAAGUUAUCAACCGGAGUAUACAUCGUGUGGUACAGGAACUGCUCUCAUGAGAACCAGCCUUCUCUCGUCCUUAAAAAUGUAUGGACACUAACAAACAUUGAACGCGCACUUAAUCCUCUCCCUCGUUUCCACUUUGUGAGAAACUUUUCCUCUGAGUCCUAUGACCUGCUGAUCAUUAACACCACUGAGACCGAUGAAGGGCUCUACUACUGUGGAACUGAAACGUUUUAUGUGGAGAGUGAAAAACAAAUUAUUCGCAGACAUCUUUACACAAAUGGCAACGUCUCAACAAGAAUCCGAUUAAACUCCAGUGAGCCUGAUCACAAUGAGACUUCACAAAACUGCGGUGACUGCAAUGGUGUGUGCUGGAUGCUGCUGUUCUCUCUGUGUCCAGCUGUUGCUGCUCUGUCCUCUCUCCUCUCCUCUCUCCUGGUGUACCACCUCUGUAAGAAAGAAGCUAAAGAACCUCAAACUGAUCUGCAAACACCUCAAACAAGACAAAAUCAGGAUCAAGAUGUGUGCUUUGCUGCACUGGAAAUUCGCCCGGUGUCACAUAGACCAAAGAGGACGACAACCCAGAGUUCUGUCACCUAUUCUGCCAUCGACACUUCUAGGAUGUAAAGAGUUUGAACAACAGCACA